UGCCAUCGGUACCGUCAACGAGCGUCCGUGUAAAGUUCCCGUGAACGUUCCCCGAAUGUACGAACGCUCCGUGGGGGACAGAUGGGCGAAAAUAAAGUGAAAAAAUCAAUCCCGUCGGGGUGAAUAGUUAAUGUUAAAAAAACGUAGCGACGCCUUGAUCGCGUGGGGCGCCAGCGAUCUCGAUGCGAUCUUGACAGCGCGAGCUGCCGCCGCUCGGUAAACGCACACCACACGCAGGCAGUUUCAUUAUAGUACUUCAGGUGCUUCUCACCGUGCUCUCGCACUACGGAGCGGUGUGUGAAAGAGAGAGAGAGGGGGAAGAGAGGGGAGGAAGGGAGAGAAAGAGAGCGAGAGCGAGUGAAAGAGAGAGAAGGGGGAGUCAGCCCAGCCAAGCAGCCGGCGGCGAGUCGCAAAAGACAGUACUCGACGUUCGGCGGUUUUUCGUACGGGUCCGGUGGCCACGACGAUCGUGGCCGUAGGAAGCCGGCGGCCGACGGAGCCCGCCUUCCUGGUUCGCGCGCGUCAAGCGCUGCCCGCCUGCCGCACGGGCAAUAGGAGCGAAGGGAGUCGCACGCGAGACUGGCGAGAGAGGCGAACGGCGAUCGGGCAGGCAGGCGGACAGACAGACAGUCGGUCGGUCGGUUGGUCGGUCGAACGAACGGUCGGGCUAACAGCGCGCUAUCAGUGGGUACAUCGGCGGCGGUGGGCUAGGAAAGAUCGCGGCCUACGAACGAUUCUCCCGUGUCUGAUGAGCUCCUCCGUCGCGCCGCUGCUGGUGGUAAGAUGGCUGUGCAGUUGGACGGAGGAGGGAAGGAGGACCUGAAAACACAAUUCGUCACGCGGGAGGGCACGUACAAGCUGAUGACUCUGUCGGAGUACUCGAGACCGAACCGGGUCGGCUACACUAACAGCCAGGGCAGCGCGUCCGUCAGGGUGUCGUUCGUCACGCUGCCAGACCCAGCGGACCCUACGGGCGCGCAAGGCCUCGGUGACCGAAUGUGCUUCAACUUCGGCAAGGAGCUCUACGUCUACGUCUAUCGAGGCGUCAAGAAGGCUGUGGACUUGAACAAACCAGUGGAUAAAAAGUUAUACAAGGGAACCAAUCCGACCUGCCACAAUUUUAAUCAAACAACAGCGACAGCGGACAGUGCUCCAUUGCUGGUGGGAUUUUCCACAGGGCAGAUACAGCUGAUCGAUCCAAUAAAAAAGGAACUCAGCAAGUUGUACAAUGAAGACAGGCUGAUCGACAAGAGCAAGGUGACGUGCAUAAAAUGGGUUCCCGGCUCGAACAAUCUGUUCCUGGUGUCCCACAGCUCCGGUCAGCUUUACCUCUAUAACGAAGAGCUCCUUUGCGGCACCACCGCGCCGCAUUAUCAGUCGUUCAAGUCUGGAGACGGAUACGCCAUAUACACCUGCAAGACCAAAUCCACUAGGAACCCUCUGUAUCGGUGGGUGAUAGGCGCGGAGGGUUGUUGUAUAAACGAGUUUGCCUUCAGCCCGUGCGGCACGAACUUGGCGGUAGUGUCCCAGGAUGGGUUCCUACGCGUGUUCCAAUACAACACCAUGGAGCUAGUCGGCUCGGCGAGGAGUUACUUCGGCGGCUUCUUGUGCGUAUGCUGGUCGCCGGACGGACGUUACGUGGUUGUCGGCGGCGAGGACGACCUGGUGACCAUCUGGAGCUUCCACGAGAAGCGCGUAGUGGCGCGGGGACAAGGUCACCACAGUUGGGUGAGCGUGGUCGCCUUCGACCCGUACACGACGUCGUACGGGGACCACGAUCCCGACUUCAGCGGCUCGGACGACGAGACGAUGCCGCACAGCAAUCACAAUCACUUUCACGAGAAGUCGAACCGCCUGUCCACGACCUCGCAGAGCGGCGGCGUGCACUCGAACCGGAACUCGUGCGGCUCCGAGCUGAGGAUGUCGGGCGGUACGUGCUACAGGUUAGGCAGCGUUUCUCAGGACACCCAGCUGUGUCUGUGGGACAUCACGGAGGACGUGCUGAGGCAGCCGGUGUGCGCUAAGCAGAGACCCUCGGUAGCGGGCGGCAGCGCCUUGUCCGCAUCCGGCACGUUCAACAGUGGCAACGGCACGACAACGGCGACGGGUGGGACGACGACGGCGAACCAUCACUCGAACAAUGCUAAACAUAAUAACUCGAAUAACGUAAACUCGAAGGAGAGCGUGAGUGGUAAUAACGAGACUAGUAACAAUAGCACGAGCACGAACGCCGCGGUAGCGACGGUGAACUCACUGACGCAGAGGCUAGCGGGUCUUGGCUUCGGCGAGCGUAAGGGUGAUAAUCACAAGAGAAACUUUAGCCUCACUAUGCGCGGCGCGACGGGUGCAGCGACGACGACGGCGACGGCGGCGGCCAACAGCACGGUCGUGCAGAACAGUGGUGGCGACAAGACCUCGAGCAUCAACGCGAACACGAGUAGUAAUCUGAACAGUGUCGGUGGGGCGGGUUUAGUAGGUGGGGCGAAUAAAAAGGUUAGUUCCGUGAUGGACGAUCCCAUGAGAUUGAUAGGGACCGCCUGGUGUCCCAGGUUCGACGAGUGUCCGGUCCUCGAGCCGCUGGUGUGCAAGAAACUGGCGCACGAGAGACUGACCGAGUUAGUGUUUAGGGAAGAUUGCUUCGUGACAGCGUGUCAAGACGGAUACGUGUACACGUGGGCGAGGCCCGGCCACAUGCCGGGAAUCGGCCAAGUCGGCGGCGCCCUCCAUGUGGUCAGCCCGGCGGAAGGCGGCGGUACCAUAGUAUAGCCAGAAGCGGACACCGAGGCCGGGCCACGGGAUCAUCGGGAGUCGUCGUCGCGGGCGUCCGAGGUGCAGUUCCAGGCGACCUAUGCACGCCGACGUCAUCUGUAUUACGUGUGGCCGAGCGAGAGUUACUCCGGCACGGUCUGAGCGGGCGACUUCGACGUCGUCGCCGCUCGGCCGGGAAGUAGACGAGUCCGAAUCGACCGAAGAGAUUACGUUCGCCGCGAAGCCCACCAGCUGAUUUUGGAAGUCGGGGAUUUCACACUCCAACCGCGAUACAUCGCGACGUGAAUCGUCUCCGGGUACACGACUGCGUUCGCGCGGCGAUCCGAGACCGGAUUCAAUAACAGCCGUGAUCUGCGUGCAACUGCGUGAAACUGAUCUGACGAUUCCCCGUCCAGAUAGGCGGAAAUGUUGCUGAAUAUAAUAUUUAACGUAUGCUUUGCGAUGCCAUUGCAACAGCACGACGUGUUUCAAACGGGGAGAAUCGAGAAAUGUCACGAAAGCUCAAAAUGUCAGGGGAAAAUUUGAAAAAGUCAGGGAAAGAUGGGGAGAAACUUGAAGUUUUGAACUUUGCUUGUAACUUUGCGCAUAAUUUCGCCCAUAACUCCCUUAAAAUCCUUUCAAUUGUAUUAUUUUCAAUACUCAUUUAUUUUUUGCUGAAUGUGCAUUCAGGAUUAUAUUAUGUUGCUAAACUUUUAUUUGUGUUGCUUCUAAUAAUAUAAGCUGCCUUUCCUGCAAUCCCUGCUUCUAAAAUGCUAAAGUUUGAGAUUGCACAUUGCUCAUGGGAAAUUCUCCAUUUGUAAAACACGGAAAAGUCAGAGAAUUUCAAAAUUCAUUUUCUAUCAUAAUUCUGUUAAAAUAUGCUGGUUAAAGAAAAAAAUUGACUUGUUAUUACCGCAAUAAUUCCGGGUUAAUUACGUUCUCUUUCGAGCAAAAUAAACGAUAAUAUUUAUGAUAUCAGAAAAUCACAGCAAUAUUGCCGCAAUUUUCACAACAUCGGAUGACUAAUAUACUGACAAAAUUCUUAUGUGAGUGUGCGAUUUUCACGUACUUAUGUUAGUCCCGGUGAAAACAAUAUAUCAAAAUAUAUCUAAAUAUGUCUGUCUGGAUGGUAUCGCAAUUAUUGGUGCUACAUAUCGUGUGAGUAAUCGUGUUACAGCUGUAUUACAUGACAUGUGACACUAUCGAUGAUUACGUUUGCGGCAGUUGUCACAUGGAGAACGGUCGAGUCGAUUUUAUGUGUUACUAGAUCUAAGGUUUGUUUUUGUUCCUGCUCUGGUUGUACUAGUUCAAGAAAUGUGCGUUCCGAUAUUCACCGCCAAUACUCUAAAUCUAUAGUAUACGUAACAUGAACUAUAAAUGUGCAAUAUUGGCAGUGAACGCAUAUUCCUUGAACUAAUACAGGGACAAAAACGAACCUCUGUAAUUUUUAACAACAGCCUCGUUAGCGUUACGUUGUCGUUGCGCAGGUAUAAUAUAUAACAGAAAAUCUGCGCAUCGACAAGGUAACGGUAACGACGCUGUCGUUAAAAGUUACAAAAUAGGGCUGGUACUGGUCAUGUAAACGUAGACUGUGAUAUCUGUGUACAGAUGUUACUGAAUCGGUUUCGGGCUAUUGUGCGAACAUACAGUAUAUGGUAUGAACGCGUGUGUAAUUGCCGAGAGUGUAAAUAUAGAAAGGAAACUCUUCCUUUCCGUAGAAGAGGAUCUCUUCCUUUAUUCCCGAUUGUUUGAUCGUGCAAGAGUAAUGCGAGCGUGGCGAAGCUCAAUGCCCGACCACGAAGAUUGGUAGUUGGACGCUCGGCGAAAGACGGAUUCCAGCGAAAUUCUGUUCGAAUCGCCUACACUUCGCGCGAGUCGCGGUUCACGCGCAGCUUAACGCUUAAAGACACAUAUAUAUACACACACACACACGUAUACACACAUAUACACAUACAGUACUUUCGUUUAGUAAGCCGCUCUUCCGGUGGAUAUCGUUUCCUCUUCCUCUUUCUUUCCUCUUCGAUACUCGUCGCGACGGCGGUACUACGCGGCGGCCUUGCGCUCGCGCGCGCGCCUCUUCCCCAAAAAGAUCCGAGUCAGAAGCAAUCUCUGUACAUAUGUAUACGUGUGUAUGUCUCUGAUUGUGACGGACACGUUGCACCAUUCCAGAGCAAGUUUCGCUAAACGUCGGGCGCCAGUCUGCGCGCCACCCGGAUGAAGCGUUGAAAUUUAUAUAGACCUAAGCCACAAGACGUAUCGAUCUUAGAAACGAGCGGAAGGAUAGUCUACGGAUCUCUUAUGGCCGUGGAAGUAGGUAGGACACAUUCCCACAGAUAGAAACUAUUUUCUUUCCUCUGUUAAUUGAUCCACUUUCUUUCUCCCUUCUUUUUAUUUAUUUCUCUUUCCCUAUCUUCUCUCUGUCGUUACGAGUGUGUGACUUGGGUCUCUAUCAUUCUCAGUGAGCUUCAUUCGAUCACUUCGAAGGAGGUAUUCCACAAGGCGAUACUAGUUUUUAAUUUAUAUUUACACGUAAGAGUUAUAUAUAUAUAUUGUAUUAGUAAAACGACACACACUCAACACGUUCAUUUACCUCGUUAUUAGACGUUACCGUCGUCUCUUUCCGACCGCUUUUCUCGUCGAUCAGCUUCGAUCACAAGCAUUCCCGCGCGAGAUUCAGGGAUUAAAUAUCUACUAUUGUAUUUUAGCGCUUCUGGACGAAGCUCGUCGAGAUCCUUCUUUUGGCAGCACUUUCCGUUUCUUUGAAUUUUUUCCACCUUGGUAGACCACAGUUGUAAGAAGGCUGUAAAUAUUAUUAUCGGAAGCUGAUGUCUCGCCGGAAAAGGCUCUACGUUCCAUCGUCGAAAUCAAUCACGCCCGGAAAGGCCGCAGCUGCCGUUCGUGACGGGCGUUCCGUAUGAACGAAUUGUUAUGCUCCGUUCCAACGAAGUGAGCCGCAUCCAGCGCUUUUUCUAAUCCCCGAUAUUUACAGCUUUUCUCAGAUCGGGGUCUAUUUAGUUAACAUUAGACGGAACUCACGUUACGUUUCAUCGUGGACACACGACAGCACAUGGUUGCACCAUUGCAGAAAAUUCGAUCGAGAUUUUGUCACAGGAUGAUCAGGUCGACUCUCGACCCACCUCUCUCCCGUUUCGAUAUUGUUUCCGCUCCCGUCGUUGCACAUUGGUCUAUCUUGUUACCUUACUUCGAGGCACGACGACACUGUACUAUUAUUCUAGCAAGUGCAAGCUCGUUAAGGUAUGCUGUGAUAUGUGUGCUAUAAUACAACAAUAUCCAAGUCACGAAAUGAAAGUCACUUCCAAGUACCGUCAUGCACCGAGACGGACGUUCGAACUUCGGGAUAACGCAAGCGCUGAUUAGUUUCGUAAUUAUAGGCAACCGAAGCCGGCCUGCGACACACACCAGACUAUAUAAUUCGUCGAACGAUUCUGCGAGAAAAGAAACGGAACGAUUUCCCAAGGCGAGAGUCGACAGAGAUUUAUUUGCCGCCGAUUGCGAGCCGUCUGUACGUUCGCGCGAUCUUCUUCACAUUUUUUCGUUUUUCUAUCGCCUUUUUCUACUUUUGACGCUACCUCGACAAUAAUGACAUGAGUCGAUGAACGAUGCUAUCACGGUGACGAUUCAAUACACAGAUACAGUUCAGACAGAAAUUUCACGUGCCUCGGUUCGAGCAUCCGUUUCCUGAAAUUUCUCAUCGUUCUUCGCGAAAAGAAGGGAUUUUCCCCGUUAAAUAAACAAAUGAAUAAGAGAGAUCGAGACGCGCGUCGACGGGAAAGAAUAAUUAGGAAUUCGACCACGCGAUCCUCGAUCUUGGAGAUCAGGAAUUUUCGCUGAGCGAAAACUUCGCAAAAUGAAUCUCUAUCGACUCUCCCCCCGUUUCGUCCUCUGUUUCGCGGAGGAGACCGCGAUCUACAAAGUUCCUAUUUCGUAAGCUAAACGGCGAGCUCGCGCCGACAGCGCUCGAUUCUUCGGCCGACGAUCGAUUCUCACGAGGAAAUGUUCUCGGCCUUCGCACAGGAUGGACAAGCUCGUCGAUCGUCAACGUCAGGUCUGAAAGGGUUACAUCCCUGAAAGGGUUCUUACGUUAACAUGUAUCUGAAGUAUGUAAGUCGCGUCGAAGCCACGCGAUAUUUUGUUUCUUCUGGCCACGCGCACAUCGAGUCUCCUUUCGGAAGUUCGCGGACGCAUUCGUGUUUGCAACCCUCCGAGUGGUAACAUAUUUUCACUACUUUCGGAGUGGCAACCAAGGUCAUUUGUGUCUUCCUCGAUUUUUCUCCUCUUGAACUGCUCGGAAGAAUCUCCAAAAAAUAACCGGAACUUCCUUUACCCUUCUACUUGAACACCACAUAACUAUUUCGUCAACAAUGAAUUACUAAACAUUUUAUUUUUUAUGAUUUCAUUUUGAGAUACACUUCUUGUGAUGGUCCGGACGCAAAUGACCCUGGUCGCCACUCGGAGGAUUAAUUGAUAUCUACCACGAUCGGCGGAGCCAAUUAACGGGAAACUCGUGCACGCAAAACGCUCCUCGUGAAUCCGCGCGUAAACAAUGUCCCCGGCAUGUGUGAAGAACGGGUAAUCUCUCUGCAUCCGACGUAUUGGGACGAAAACACGGAGGACGCGGCAAACACCAAUUAUCGGUUAAUGUAACAAUUAAUGUUACAAUUUCCUGCUCGACAGUGUAACUGUUACAUAACACACGCGUCACAUUGCAUUUGUAUUGUUGAGUGAGAAAUUAUAACAUUGAUGUUAUGUUAUACUACUGAUUGUCGGAGUUUGCCGGAGAGCAGUUAUGACGUAGGUCGUUGAAAUCGCGUGUGAUAAGUCGCGUUUUUUUUCCCGACAGGUCACACAUACACACACACACACACACACACAAGUGACGCUCGGGAACGACUAAAGAACGAGUUCACUUCUCGGACUGUUAGUAACGAGAGACGUGUAAUUCGUCGCUAAGUAGAAAAUUUCGCGCGAAGUUGUUUCGAAAGGACGUGCAUUUUGUUUCCCAUUGGGCGAUUAAUCGCAGCUGCUGGAUCCAGCUAGAAAUUGUGCGUGAAAAAAGAAUUAUAUAUAGGACGUUGUGUCUGUGGAAUUAUUGCGAGUUCUCGAUACAAUACGAACAGUCUACUUCAUUCGGGUGUAUAUAUAUCGAAAUUAUUUAUUUUCUUCUUUUCCCGUUUUGACGCGGAAAUAUUACAUUCAUACCCACGCACACACACACACACACACACACGUACACAACAAUGGAGAACUUUCGAUAGUUUAUUCAAAGUAACGUCUCGUUGUACGUGCGAAUUACGUGUUCCUCGAUAGGAGCGUUUCGAGCGGCGACGAAGGGUGUCACUUUGAUUUACUGUUUUGAACUUGGAGCAACCAGUCAUUUUACGGCUUGGAAAUAGAAGGACACUUCCUUCCGCUUUCAUAACUGCGGAAAUGAUUUCGGUUGUCGGUUCUAGUCUCAAGGUAUUGAAUUGUACAAAUGUAACGAGACGUAAUUAACAUUGCAUAACAAUAACCGGUCGGACGCAAAUUACGUAUUAUCAUCGAUUGUCCGUGAGACGCGCGUUCGAUCAGACCUCGUCUGAUAGACGCGGACUGUAUGACUCCUCUGCGUCUCUUCGAUCGCGCGCACGAAAGAAAGAGAAAGCGUGAUUAAUUCGGAUAUGAUAUAUUCGGGCAUAAAUAAUAGCGUGACGAUUCGCGGCUAUUCGGGUUUGGUCCAGCUGUAUUACAUCCUCACUCACCGAACAAGUAAACGAGUCUAGCGUUUCUCUGGCAGUUUUUUAUGAGACCUUUCCAUGCAAAGAGCUUUAUAGCAUCGCGUCAGAUCUGUACUGUACUAUUCGGCGCAUUUCUCUUUGUUUGUUUAUAAGCGUGUACAUUCUUUGUAAUUGUAAAUGAAAAAGACAUUUCAUUGUUAAA